GAUUGAUUUGAUACAACACGGAUUCUUGCAACUCUGGUUUGGCUGCUUUAAUAUAUACUUAUAUUUUUCACAUUCAAUACGAAAGAAAAUGAUGCAAAUGAAAGAAUAUAAGGAAGUUCCGCAGGAUGCGCCACCGGCCCCUCCCGGUCCGGCGCCUGUAGGUCCUGAGCCAUGGAUGAGCAUUCCAGUGGGAAGCAACUGCCCACAGGGUCUAGAAUAUCUCACCGUUCUGGAUCAAUUGCUGGUGUCGCAGAAGCUCGAGCUGACGGAGAUUAUCACGGGUUUUGAAACUCAGAAUCGCUUUAAAGUGAAGAAUUCAUUGGGUCAGAAUGUGUACUCUGCAUUUGAGGAUAGUGACUGGUGCACCCGUCAAUGCUGUGGCCCGUCACGUCCAUUCGAGAUGAAGAUAUUGGACAAUUUCCAAAACGAAGUGUUGCAUAUAACUCGUCCAUUCCGAUGCGAUCUGUUCUGUUGCUUUCCCGACUGCCAGAGCAUGAUUGAGGUAUCGGCUCCGCCUGGCCAGGUCAUUGGCACUGUCGAGAGGGUGUGCACUUUCCUAAAGCCCAGAUUUCGCAUCAGGAACUCGUUUGGCGAUGUUGUCCUCGAUAUUAAAGGUCCCGCUUGUGUCUUUAAAUGCUGCAGCGAUGUCACUAUGAAGGUAUUCAACAGCGCAAACAACGAACAAAUUGGCAAGAUAACCAAACAAUGGUCUGGACUCACCCGAGAAUUGUUUACCGAUGCCGAUUAUUUUAGCGUCACAUUUCCCCUCAAUUUGGAUGUGCGCAUGAAAGCUCUUAUCUUUGCUGCCGUCUUCUUAAUUGACAUUGUCUAUUAUGACCAUUAGACAGUUUGCAGUUCCAUAUGCUCGCAAUACAUCAACAACAUCCAAUCUAAACAAUGGACUGCUUAGUUGUUACUCAUAAGUUUUUACAACACGAAUAUUAUCUUCUAACGUGCAAACAAAAUCCAUAUAUAUUUUGACUAUCGGAAUCUCCCCCUAUGUGCACAUAAAGUGCAAUAAAAUGCAUUCAAUGUCGUAAUCUCGGUCCCUUAAAUUAAGUCUCCCCAUAUCGAAAUGUUACUUGACAAUGAAACUUGCGCAUAAAUAUAUUUUUAAAGUAAAAUUCCAUUCAAUAUAGAUUGCCAUUUAUUUUACAUAAAUAUCAAAUAUUAUAUAUGUUGCAUUUAUGUAUUUAUAUUAUCUGAAACCGACGUUCGGUUGGCAUUUAAUUGCAUACUGACCUACGCACACCCUCUCAAAAACACACAAACUGAAUAGAAACCUUAAAAAGAGUGCCUUAUAAAUUAUAAUUGUUGUACAACCAAUUCAAACCCCUCCCAUAACCUGUGUAUACCUUCAAAUCCGAGAUAUUUUUGUAUGUACUUAAAUAGUAAUACAACCGUAAUUGAUUGUUAACGUUAACGUUAUCGUUAUUGGAAAUACAUAGUUAUUUGCAUCCAUUUCAUAAAUUUUAACAAACCAAACACACUUAAUAGUUAUGCUGUUCUCUUUACAUAAAUGUAUAAUAAAAGAAACUCUAUUUCUCAUA